AUGGUGGAGUAUGCAAAAGAAGAGGCGGAGGAGCAUCGUGGUCGCGCACAAACUUUGCUUCAAAUGGUUAAUACUGCCGGAUACUUCGUCUCGGUCACAAUAGUAGCCUUCGGCCUCAACGGGCGUAUGUUUACCGGCAGCUUCAAUCAACGGCACCAGCUAAGCUACCAGGAAGCCAUGGGCAUCGUUGCUGCGAUGUGCACAGUAACUGGGGCUCUGUGCGCCAUCAAGGUGCACGAGCGGCAAAGGUUCCUCCUGACGCACGGGUUUUUGGCCAGCAACAUGGGAGUUUUGGGCAAUGAUCGAAUGCGUGGGAGCACCCGCUUCUCUUCCAACCAGGAAAGCUCUGAUGGCCUCUCCUGGAAUGACAUGCAAGAUGAAGGGAUCUUGACUGUCAUCCAAGACGACCAGGGUCGCGAGUGUCUCAUUGGCGGCUCCUCCCGUUUCCAGCCCCAGGAAUCCCGAUUAGGAAUUGGAGCAUCUAUAGAGGAGUGGCUGCGGUGUGCAGGAGUGGACUUGCAGUGGACUGAUCCUGGGAUCUCCGCUGGGUCUGCGGGCCCUGUCGCACGUCUGACCGGCCUGGAACUGGCAAUCGAACUGGAGUACCGUAACACGCACAACAUGAACUUCAAGGGAGUCGUGUGCUAUGCCCGCGUACGCGCCAUGCAGCGCUGGAAUACCCGACCAGUUCUUCACUAUGACUACAGCCUCAGCAAUGGCGAGGAGCCCGGGCGAAGAAUUGCAUGGAGUAAGAGAGAGUUAAGGACAUUGCAGGUCUCAAGUUCCAUAUUGCUGUUUGUUGCGGUCAUUGUUGUUCAUGCCCCGGAUGCAGUAUGCUUACAGUCUGCGCAUUCCGGCAUGCAGUGGGCAUGUCUAUUGCAAUCCGCCGGCACCAUACAGUCUAUGUCUGGGAGUAAAUGA